AGUAUCAUGUGACGAAGCAAUCGAAUGUUCCCGCCAUUUUGUUAUAAUUAGUGUUUUGAUGUUUCCGUGUGGAAAAAAUGGAGGCUGGAGUGCUUGAGGAUGAAGUUGUGUCGAUGGUAGACGUUCUGGAUGAAGAUAACGAACUAGAGGAGGAAGCAAGAGCUGUUUUAGGGGACAGCGACGACAAAAACUGCACUUACCUUUCCGGGUACGUGAAGAGGCAAGCUCUCUAUGCCUGUUCAACAUGUUCUCCACCAGAUAAAGAGCCCGCUGGAAUAUGUCUGGCUUGUACCUUGGCUUGUCACGAUGGACAUGUUCUGUAUGAGCUCUACACCAAAAGAAAUUUUCAGUGUGACUGUGGAAAUAAGAAGUUUGGUGGGUUCAAGUGCAAGUUGUACUCAGAAAAAGGACCAGAGAAUUCUAUGAACAAAUACAAUCAAAAUUUCAGAGGAGUUUACUGCACCUGUCACAGACCAUAUCCUGAUCUGGAGGAUGAGAUUGAAGAUGAAAUGAUUCAAUGUAUCAUUUGUGAGGACUGGUACCACUCAAGGCACUUGGGAAGCCUUCCACCAACAGGAGGUGAAUUUCAAGAGAUGGUAUGCGAUGAUUGUAUGACAAAAUGCAGCUUCCUUCAAGCUUAUAUCUCUCUCUCAGUGCCACAACAGCAGUCUUCAAUUGGCCCCAAUCAACAAGUGGAUAUUAAGCAGGAAACAAAAAGUAAACUUGAUAUCAAAAAGCUAAGUGACUCAGGUAGAGGAGACAAAUUGGUGAGUGAGAAAGGAUAUCAUGAUUCCAUGGGCAGUGGCGAAAGAAGUGGCCAUCAGGAUUGCUCCAGGCUGGAUACAUCCCAAACACCUCACUCUGAUUCUCAAAAGCCAAAUUGCUCAGGCAAAUCAGACAUAGUAACGACUGUGGGAAAAGCGAAAAAAUUUGCUGCAGAUGACUGUAAUGCCUCAAAACUUGAAAACUCUACGGCAGAUUGCAAGCUUUUUCAGCUUCAAGCAAGUGUGACAACAGUCGAAAACAGAGCAACCUAUUGGCAUACUGGGUGGCGGUCUAACUUAUGCAAGUGUGAUAAGUGUGUGUCCCUUUAUAGAUCAUUGGAUGUAUUGUAUCUGACUGAUGAAUCUGACACAAUGGUUGCCUAUGAGCAGAGAGGCAGGGAGAAGAUAUCCAGUGUUUCAUCAUAUGAGAGUGGCAUGCAGGCGCUACAGAACAUGGCGCGUAUUCCGCAAGUGGAGGUCAUGCAUGGUUACAAUGAUAUGAAAAACGAGCUGACAGAGUAUCUUAGAGGGUUUGUGGAACAAGGAAAGGUUGUGAAAGAGGAAGACAUCAGAAACUUUUUUGACACACUUCAGUCUCGUAAGAGACAACGAGUCGGGAGUGAAGAUUCUAUUCAGUACAGAUGUCGCUAAUAAAACAGCAAAACACAUACUGCUAUAAUUGAAUGAGGCGACACAGAAUCACAGCAUGCACAAGAUUAAGAGUUAGUGAUACACUUAGGCUUACCUCUCACUAAAAUACCUUGUGAACAGGCAAUACUGUCAACUGUUAAUGAAUUUUUCUGAUAGUUUCAAACGUUACGUACAAUAGCCGUAAGGUGACGUGUCUUAUCGUGUAACGAAGUUGUAGUUUAAAG